AUGCCCAACAACAACGGGCUCAACAAGCCCGCCAAGUCCCAGCGGCCCUCGCGGGCGAAGGCGAAGCGCAUUGCCACGCGGGCGAAGCGGAAGCAAGUGGGCACUCACAAGGCUGCCAAGGCCGUCGUGGACUGGAGGAAAAGCGCGACGGGGGGGAAGAUGGCUGCGAGCAAGAUGAAGAAGCGGGCGCGGAGGAUGCUGAAGGCGGAGAAGAAGGCGCUGAUACACAAGCAGGCGAUGGACAUUGACGACGACGACGACGGACCAGCUGCUUCUAAGAACAACACCAGGGUGGCGAAGCCCGCAGGGAUUGCAGUCAAGAAGGGCGUGCGCGUCGCCGGGAAGGCGACGCGGUCCAGCAAGGCGGCCGCCGCGUCGAUGCAGGUCGACUGA